GGGGGCGUGCCCGCGAUGCGCGCUGCGCAAGGCUGCUUGUUGUUCCCGCAGAGAGGCGAGAAGAUGGCGGCCGUGUCAAGCGGAGGUGCUGCUGGGUCCACUGCGGCCGGGAUUACGCACUCUGCCCGACCGACCCACGCAGGCAUGGGCUCCCAGAACCGAGCCCAGCCAUCCUCCGGGAUCAGCCACUCCAGUCGUACCAGCACGGCCACUGGGUGCAUCACCAAUCCUGGCCACACUUCGGCCACCAGGCCCCCCCCAGCCCGAGUGGGCCACUACGAAAUCGAGCGGACCAUCGGCAAGGGAAAUUUCGCGGUUGUUAAACUAGCCACACACAUCAUUACCAAAGCAAAGGUGGCUAUAAAAAUAGUGGAUAAGACCCAGCUGGACGAUGAGAACCUGAAAAAGAUCUUCAGAGAGGUGCAAAUCAUGAAGUUGCUGAAGCACCCCCACAUCAUCCGCCUCUACCAGGUGAUGGAGACAGAAAGGAUGAUCUAUCUGGUAACAGAGUACGCCAGUGGUGGAGAGAUAUUCGACCAUCUGGUGGCUCACGGGCGUAUGGCGGAAAAGGACGCCAGGAAGAAGUUCAAGCAGAUUGUUGCGGCCGUCCAUUUCUGUCACUGCCGCAACAUCGUCCACAGAGACCUGAAGGCUGAGAAUCUGCUGCUGGACCACAACCUCAACAUCAAAAUCGCAGAUUUUGGCUUCAGUAACCUGUUUUCUCGAGGCCAGUUGUUGAAGACAUGGUGUGGUAGUCCUCCCUAUGCCGCACCUGAACUCUUUGAGGGCAAGGAGUAUGAUGGACCUAAAGUAGAUAUAUGGAGCUUAGGUGUGGUGCUAUACGUGUUGGUGUGCGGUGCCCUGCCUUUCGACGGCAGCACUCUACAGAAUCUGCGAGCACGGGUCCUCAGUGGCAAGUUCCGUAUCCCCUUCUUCAUGUCCACAGACUGUGAGUACUUGAUCAGACACAUGCUAGUGCUCGAGCCCAGCAGACGGUUGACCAUGGAGCAGAUCUGUAAGAACAAGUGGAUGAGACAAGGUGACCCGGACCCAGACUUCGACAGGUUGAUAGCAGAGUGUGAGCAGGUAAAGACUGAGAGGGAGACGGAGCUCAUCCUCGACCAGGUGCUGAUAGCCAUGUCUGAGAUGGGCCUGGACCGAGAACGCACACUUCAGUCCCUACAAACAGAUGCAUACGAUCACUACAGUGCCAUCUACAGUCUACUGGCUGACCGCCUCAAGAAACACAAGACCUUGCCCGUCGCCCCACCCACACCGCGCCCCAUUAGUUAUCCUCUUAACGCUGUACAGCAGACGGAUCCACAGGGUAAUCCCGUUAGCAUGACUGUUCCGCACGUCCAGCUCAUCAACCCAGAGAACCAGAUUGUUGAGCCGGAUGGCAGCAUGGCGCUGGACAGUGAUGAAGGGGAGGAACCAUCUCCAGAGGCCAUGGCUCGCUAUCUUUCCAUGAGGCGGCACACUGUGGGGGUACCAGACCAAAGGACAGACAUGCAAGAGGACCUCCAGAAACUGCCUCCAGGCUUCCCUCGUGGUGCAGCGCCACAGCCCCCCUUCCCCCCGCUGGUCCCCACAAUGGGCCAAAUGCACACUCUCAUGCCUACGCAGAGCUUGCAGCCCACACAGCAGCUGGAGUACAAGGAACAGUCCUUGCUACAGCCACCUACCCUGCAGCUGCUCAACGGUAUGGGACCUCUCGGUCGAAGAGCUUCCGACGGCGGGGCCAACAUUCAACUACACGCUCAGCUCCUCAAGAGGCCCCGGGGGCCCUCGCCACUUGUCGCCAGCCCGCACCCUAUCCCUGCGGUAGCUCCCGUGGAUGAAGAAGGUUCGGACGGAGAGCCAGACCAAGAGGCAGUACAGAGGUACCUGGCGAACCGCUCCAAGCGGCACACGACGCACGCGCUCACGAGCACAUCGCAUGGCGAGCCCUCGGCAGAGUCACAGCGGUCCCAGGGCCCCCGCCAGAGGGGGGGCUGGGCCCUCGACACACACACCCGAUCCAGCUAUAAGGACUGUAACACCCUUCAUCUCCCCAUGGAGCGCUUCUCACCCGUCAGACGUUUCUCUGACGGCGCCACCACCAUCCAGGCCUUCAAGGCUCAUCUAGAGAACAGCAGCCUCAUCAAGCAACUCAAACAGGAGUGUGAGCAGCUCCAGAAAAUGUACGCUGCCCAGCAGGAUGAGCGAUUCCUGGAGCACACCCAGCAACAGCAUAUCCUCUACCAGCAAGAGCAACAAAUCCUCCACCAGCAAAUCCAGGGUCUGUCUUUAGGCCAUGGAGAGAGCCAGCCCAGUCACCUAACCCACCAGCUCCAGAGGUUGCGUAUCCAGCCCUCCAGCCCUCCGCCAACACAUCCCAGCAACCACCUCUUCAGACAACCCAACCAGAGCCCUCCGCCUGGCUCUGCAGGCAUAAUGCAAGGGCAUGAGGCAGCAGGAGGUCCAUCGUCUGUGCAGUACCAACAUGGUACUCCCGCACUGUACCAGGGCCAGAGUGGCAGCCCACCCCCCACAGGCCUGCAGCGAGUCCCUAUACCAACCAAUCAACAAGCAGCAUCUGCUCGUCCCACCGUCCCAUUGGCACAGGGUGUACCUCAGCAACAGCAGGUGACCAUUCAGGUUCAGGAAGUGGAGCUAGGAGGUGGGGCGCAGAGACAGGGCAGCUUUUUGUCCACGCCAGGGGGACACAGAGUCCUUGGGAAGCAGCUGAGCGCAGACAACGCCGAGUCGCACAGUCGCAGCCUUGGCCGCUUCACAUCGGGCUAUGAUCAGGCUCAGUUCAAUCCCCACCUCUUCUCUGGCGACGCCGCCUCCCGGGGCACCUCCGGAGUAGUCGGCUCCUACAGCCCGUACUUGCAGGGCACCUCCCUUAAAGUCCCUGGUCUGGAAGGCUACCAGAGCGGGGUUGUGGGGACCAGCAGCUACGGCACCCCUUCUACACUACAGCAGGCCCUGCUCUCCCCGACACCUUUGGACUACCGCCCCCCACAACAGCACGUCACUCCCACCCUGCAGGGCCUCCUGUCCCCCCGCCACUCUUUAACGGGCCACGCCGACCCCAGGCUGCCCCCGCAAGACCUGGCCGCCCUGCUUAAGAGGCAGAGCCCUCGGCCAUGCCAAGCACCUCCAACACCGCCCAGCGGUGCACCCCAAGAGUACGGAGAGAUGCUGCUUCUCCGCCAGCUGAGCCAGGGCGAGAGCUUGGAGCCGCCGACACCGCAGGGUGCCGCCGGAGGCCAACACUACCAUCACCUCCUCCAGAUUCGACCCCCGGAGGUCCAGCCACAGCAGCACCCGCCCCAGGCACCUUGCCCAAGCUUACCACACUCAGAGAGCAUGGAGGAGGAUGAGGUUCCAACUGGCUAUCAUCACCCACACGAAGGCCUGCUGGCCAAAGCCGGUGAAGGUCACGAGCUCCUGGGGCCUCCCCGAGGAGGCACCCCGCCCUACAACUCCCCUACACACAGGCAUGGUGGCUACAUACGGAGUGCUCCAGCAGCUAGAGAACCUGAGCAUGUGGAGUGCAGGCCCCCAGGGCAGGCCAUGGAGGUGCCUGAUCACAACGGUGUGGGCUAUCCUCGAGGUCCCCAGGGUGACGCCUAUAGGUCCCGAGGACAGCUACAGCGCCACCACACCAUCCAGACCUGUGACGAUGCCUAUGAUCAGGCAGACCCCAUGUCUGGGAUGAGCCUGUUGGCCGGGAAGGCACUAAGCUCCGCUCGCAUGUCGGACAUUCUCAGCCAGACGUCACUGACGGGAAGCCAGCAGCUGCACCAGCGGGAAGAGUCUGUGUGUGACGUCGAAGGGGAGCUCCAUGCGGCAGCCUGCUACCCCUCUUCCUGCACCAGUGACAUGCUCCUCAGCUACAAGCCCCCUGACCUGCAGUACAGCAUGGAGCAGGCUGGGGUCUAGCACAGGACGGGGUGUGUCCUGUGUACAGCGGUCCAUAUCAGCCAUCCUGAGUUGUGUUGACUUGAGUUGAGCAGCAUCACGCCAAACCACCGUCGUCUGCCCAAGCAGGGGCGCUCUACGUCCAUCUGUCUGUCUCCAUCUGUCCCUGGGAGGGCAGAAAGAGAGAGAGGGGGGGUGUGUAGUGUGGGUGGGUGUAGUCAUUGGAAGGGUGGGGACUCGGGGUUCACAAGUCAAAGUGCCAGCAUUUUCUGCACAGACAUCCAGCAUCCAUUGCCGCAGGUUGUCUCCUCUUUUCACCUCCCAUCAUGGGUAGAUCGGGGUUCCACUCCUCCCUCCUUCGACUCGACCCCCUCCUCACCUCCUCCCCUUAAAAAACAAACAAACAAACAAACAAACCUGGCCCACACACCCUCUACCACCAAACCCUACCUGCUGCCCUGACCUAAAAUCCUCCCCUUUCACCCUGCGUCUUCUAAUAACUGUUGGCAUACUUCAUUAUGUGCCUCAUUGGCCAACGCAUCGAUACAGCCAAACCUGCAAAGAACAUCCAACAACACAAAGAAACAUACACACUGCUGCCACAAACCCAAAGUAUUCACAUUAGGUUUGAGUGUGUGUGUGACUGAGAAGAGGUGAGCGGAGGGGGAAAUGUGUCUACGAGGUUCAGUCUGCUCCACCGUCUCCCCCCCCCCCCACAUUUACUUUCCUGCUGUUCCGCAGCAGAUCAUUCCGGAGCGGGCUGAAGUCUCAGCAGCAGCGGCGGCGGCCCCUAUUUUGUUUCAGCCGGGUGGCGGGUGUGUUUUUUGUGUGUUUUGUUUCGGGGUCGGGCUCCAACCGGGCAACAAAAUCGCUCUCUCCAAAGAUGGAGCUCAGUGACAUCGCACAGGACAAACCAGCUCUCUCAUUACUUUUUGUUUUCAUUGUUUUUGCUUCUUUUCCGGCAUUCAUUUCCUUUUCUUUUUUUUUUUUUUUUCUUUUGAAAUUCAUUUUUACUGCUAAUGUCCAUGUAGGCAUUAUGGUCAAUAUUGUUACUCUUAUUGUUAUUACUGUUUUCUGUAAAAGAGGUUUUAUUAUAAUGAAUAUUAUUAUUAUUAUUAUUAUUAUUAUUAUUAUUAAAGGAAUAACAGUUCUGUGUUGCAAGGAAGACAGCAUUGUUCUUUGAUUACUUAAGUAAUUCUGCACUUUCGGUUCAAGCUAUCCUCUCUCUGUCUGUUUCCACCCCCUCCUCACACUUCCUCGCUCCGUCAUGCUGUCCACCCUCCUGCAGCCCUAACUUUCCCCUCCUCCUUGUGUUACCCCCCUUUUCUCCACCCCCCUGUGUCAGUGACAGUGUAUUGCAUUGUGGGUAGUUUUACCAGACAUUUGCUCCUUUCCUUGUACAGUGAUGCCAUGUAUAGAACGCUAUUGCUAUUUCUGUAUCAAAUCUUACUUUUUUUUUGUUUUUGUUGUUUUUAGAUGUCGCUGGGGAGGCUUUUUUUUUAUAUUGGUAUUGUUUAUCAUUUGUAUUUUUGGAUGUCUUCAAAAUGUUUUUUUUUUGUUUGUUUGUUUGUUUUUUUGUUUAUGAAUCUUGAGAUUUUUAGCCAAAAGUGGACAGAGAGAAGAGCGACAGUGCUCUCUCUCUGUGUCGUUAAAAAAAGAUUGUUCUUAUUUGUUUUAAUAUUAUUCUAUCGAGACACUUGAAUAAGAGGAGAGUAAUUAUUUUGUGUUGCUUUUUAAAGUAUCAUUUCAAUCGAUGUUGUUGUGACUGUCAUUCUUGUUGAUGUUAGGCCUGUUUUCUGUUAACGGGGUAGUUGUGGCAGGCUAUACAGGGUCAGGCUUCGGGGCUUUGUCUGGGUUGGUUUGGGUGCUACAGAGACACUCCUAAAAUAACAAACGAAACAAAACAAAACAAAAAAAGACAAAAAACGAGGGAAUAACUUGUAAAAUAGCUGACAUAUCAUCCUAAACAUCACAAGUGUGGAGACGGACAAACCCACUACUCUUUCUUCUUCGCCUAUCUGCUGUGAUCAUCCCGCCAUCUUUUACUACAUCGGCUUCUGAUCGGAUGACGCCUUACGGACAUUGGCCCAACCCCGCUCCUCUCAAACUAACCAUGUCACUAUGGCAACCAAGGAGGAAACUAUCACGACUAUUACUCAAACCCCCUCUCCCCGUCCCUCCCCUGGUUUUAGUGUUUUCUCUCGUUUCGGCCGCGCUUUGUUUUCCUGAGGUGAAGAUCGGAGGCUGCGUUUCACGAACAGUCGAUGGAUGGUCUGGUUGUAGUCGGAUACACCUGGAUGCACCUGCCGAUCGUGUAAAAAGGGAAACGUUUGAGGAGGAAUGAUCUGUUUUGAACUGGACUUCCACAGCAGAGGAAUACAAGGUUGUGGGAUCAGAGCGCGCCCACCCCGAACACGUCAACCAGGGCCUGUGCCAUAAGCCGAGUCGGGCUCAAGCACAGCCAGAUGGAGGCUACAGCACACUGGGGAGCACAAACAGAAGAUUGAAACCCCCCCCAACUCCCUUCCUUUUUUUUUUUUUUUUUAAAUUUAAUUGUAUUGUUGACCUAAAUUUAUCCUCCUAUAUACAAUACCCUCGGAUAUUCAGUCCUUAUUGGGCUAGCAAGAGACUGUGUUGCAAAGAAUAAAGCUCCACUUGUAUGUGUUCGUACUGGCCAGAUUUUACAAUACCCAGCUGCACGGUUGACUUUUCGUACGCUAUAUACAUCUGAGAGCUGUAGAUGAUGUCACGCAGCGCCUGUGCUUUCCAUUCCACACACCACGUCACUUCCUGUUUACCAGCUUUCAUUCUUUGUCAGAGCAGGUGGGGGAUUUGAAUCGCCAAAAAAACAAGAGUUAGAACGCGAGUCAACGGGCGAGAGUGGGACGGUUUCACGAAAUGAACUCCACAUGAUGCGUUUUCUUGUUCCUUCCCACACAGAGUCAGCGUCUCAUUGGGCAGAAGAAGCUCGUUUCCAUUCCAUUCAGUGCUCGUUCAUUCCUCUUUCAGAUCUUUCCCUCCUGUUUUAUCUCAUUGUUUACGCCAAGCCAAAACUGCGAUCUGGGAGAGAGAGAAAUAGAGUACGUGUCGGGAAAUUGGAAAGGAAGCGUCUGGAAUGGAAGACAUCGCAUGUGUCUUGUCCCACGGCAGGAUAGAAACUCUAAAAUUACCACCAGUGGCUCCAGUUUGUCUAAUAACACGACCAGUGCCAGAGCUGUUAAGUAGAGCAGAGGCACACAGGAAGGGACGGCACAAGUGAAUGGAAAGCACUGCAGAUGAUUCAGAGGUAACGGGGAGGAGAGCGCUGUUUCACACACAUCUUCUGCCUGAUCAGACUGACCCUUCUCCCCCUUUUCUUCUUCCUCCCUUUUAUUUCUGUCUCUUCCAUCACCCCCACCCACCCCCCUUUCCUUCAGCUCUCCAUCCCAGCCCCCCCCCCCCCGCUCAGCAAGCCAGCUCUCUGCUCCACUCCUGUUUCUUUAGGUUCAUUUUGUUUUCUAUUGAUUCAUUUUGUCUUUUUUUUUCUGUUUUUGUUUUGUUUUUAUGAUCAUUUCUGUUGAGUACAAAAAUACUAAAGUGCAACAACAAUGAUUAAAAAAAGAUUAUCAACCAAACUGAGAUGAAUAAAUAAAUAUAUAUAAAUAAAGAAAUAAUUUAAAAAGG